AUGGAUCUGCCGGCGGCGGUGCAAGCGGCCAUUAUAUUGCUUUUGGACGAGGAAGUAAAAGUCAAACAACCCGAGGUUUUGGCUGGAGCUAGAACUAUGAAACCCUCCACCCAAAAAAAGCACGGCGCCAAUUUAGCUGGUGGUGGUAGGAAUGGCCGAGCCUCGGGCACAAAAGGAGAAAGAGCCGAGAAAACAAGGGAAGAAAAUGAGAAAAUGAGUCCGAUUCUGCGGAGGACGAAGAUUCCUCGGACCUUCAUUCCCCAGCUUUUGGGAUUCGCGAGCAGGUCAAUCAAGUCCUUCAGAUUCCCUGGCGAGCCUCUCGACUCUUCAUCCAUCACCUAUGGCGUCCAUGUCUUCCAAUGCCCGGAUGCUCGUGGUAUCGUCGCGAAGCUGUCGGAUUGCAUUGCUUCCAGAGGCGGGAACAUCCUCGGAGCUGACGUUUUCGUGCCGGAGAACAAAGAGGUUUUCUAUUCCAGAAGUGAGUUCAUUUUCGACUAUGUUAAAUGGCCGAGGGCACAGAUGGAAGAGGAUUUCAUGAAGCUAUCUAGAUCGUUCAAUGCAACGAGAUCUGUUGUUAGGGUGCCCGAUCUAGACCCAAAGUACAAAAUUGCCGUUCUUGCUUCAAAACAGGAACAUUGUCUGACUGAUAUGCUGCAUGGAUGGCAGGAUGGAAAACUUCCGGUCGACAUAGCUUGUGUAAUUAGGUUGAGUUUUGAGAGCUUUAUCCAUUCUUAGUAGGCUCUUUAUUCUUGAUACAUGCUCAUUUGGGUUCUCUCUGCUUUCUGCAAUAGUAACCAUGAAAGAGGUGCAAAUACACAUGUGAUUCGUUUCCUCGAAAGAAAUGGGAUCCCUUAUCAUUAUUUAGACACAAGCACAGAGAAUAAAAGGGAGGAGGAGAUUUUGAAAUUGGUCCAGAAUACUGAUUUCCUAGUACUUGCCAGGUACAUGCAGGUACUAUCUGGUAAAUUUUUAAGAAGCUACGAGAAAGAUGUAAUUAAUAUUCAUCAUGGACUUCUGCCAUCAUUUAAAGGCGGAUUCCCUUCUAAGCAGGCUUUCGAUGCAGGUGUGAAAUUAAUUGGCGCAACAUCUCACUUCGUCACUGAAGAACUUGAUUCAGGGCCUAUUAUUGAACAGAUGGUUGAGAGAGUCACACAUAGAGAUAAUCUUCGAAGUUUUAUUCAGAAGUCGGAGAACUUGGAAAAACAAUGCCUUGCCAAAGCUAUAAAGUCAUAUUGUGAACUAAGAGUGUUACCCUAUGAGCAUAACAAGAUUGUCGUCUUUUGAGGUAAAAAAAAAAGACUAGAUUCUUGCAUUUAGUAGGUAGUUAUUUUAGUCUGUACAAUCCACUCAUUCAUCAAAUGAUAGAUUGAUACAUCAAACCAGUAGAAGCAAGAGUGAACUACAAUGAUGUACAUCUUACGUUUAUUCAACAUGGGAAUUUUGCAAAUACAUAGUUUUGUCACCUUAGGAUUUUCUGUUGUUUUAUUCUCAUCUGUUUGUCUGAAUUAGUACCAAGAGCAAUUCAUACUUGGCUUCAAGUGUCUGAUGGAUGCUCUAACCGCAAAUUGUGUUAAUCCCAGAGGAUGCGUUAUAUCUGGUUUAGAAUUUGAAAUGGGAAGAGUGUAGAGAAACAAAGAAACUAGAUG